AUGGUGCAGAACCAGGCUGUAGGUACUCGUACCUCACCCUCCUCCUGCUGCGCCGCAGGUAGUGUGCGCCGUCCAGGCACUGUGGCGGUACCAGCAGAGCAGAAACACCCCUGUGGCUGUGUCGUGCCCAGAGUGCUGGUUCCUGCGGAGGCGGGAGACGGUGCUGUGUCCGCACCUCUCCUCGCGCAGCACGAGCAGGUGGAUGUGCUGGAGCGCCUCGACUUUGUGUUGAGAAACAUUUCCGAGCUAAGGAAGGAGGUGGAGGAGCUGCGGAACAGCCUGCAGCACUUGGCUGCAGAAAUCGUUGGCGAAGUCAGGUCCCAUCUGGAAGAAACCCAGAAAGUAACGCGCCGGAGGCGGUUCCCGUUUCCUCGAGAAAGAAGCGAUUCCACGGGCUCCAGUUCAAUUUAUUUCACAGCCAGCUCAGGAACGGCCAAUACGGACGACGGAGAAAGUGAAGGAGGGUACACCACAGCCAACGCUGAGUCUGAUUACGACCGGGAGUCCGAGCGAGAGAGCGAAGAAGGGGAAGACGAAGUGAGCUGUGAGACAGUGAGAACCGUGCGACGGGAUUCUCUGGAUCUCGUCAACGAGGAUGAAACGCAUUUACUCUUCGAUUCCUCGCUGGAGGAAGGGCUGGGUCAGCUACUGCAGCAGGCUGACCGCUUGCACAACGGGGAUGAGCAGGAGAGGAGAGAGGGAUUCCAGCUGCUGCUGAACAAUAAACUGGCGUACGCAGACCAGAGAGACUUCCUUUGGCGCCUGGCCCGGGCACACAGCGAUAUGUGCGAAAUCACAGAAGACGCAGAUGAGAAGAGAUCGUACGCAUCUGAUGGGAAAGAAGAGAUGGAAAUUGCCUUACAGAAAUGGGACCAAAGUGCUGAGUGCCAUCAGUGGUACGCUGUUCUUUGUGGGCAGUUGUCGGAACAUGAGAGUAUUCAGAAGCGCAUUCAAACUGGGUAUGUUUUUAAGGAACACAUCGAUAAAGCGAUUGAGCUGAAACCAGAGGAUCCAAAGUCUUACUACCUUUUGGGCAGGUGGUGUUACCAGGUUUCCCACCUGGGAUGGCUCGAGAAGAAGACGGCUUCUGCUUUGUUUGAAGCCCCUCCGACAGUUGAGGAACUGAGCCCGGGAUUUUCCAAAGCGGGCAGAGUGUACGUCGCCAAGUGCUACAGGGACAUGGGGAACAACGCCGCCGCUGCUCUCUGGAUGAAUCUUGCCUCAGAGCUGCCGGUCAAUACAAAAGAGGAUGCAGAGAGCGAGAGAGAACUCGCAGAGAUGCGGUCAGUCUGGCAGGAAUAA